AUGGAACAGACGGGCUCCGCCGCGACGACGAUUCCUCAUCCGAGAGCGAAGGCCACCCUGGUUCUCGGAGCAGAAUCCUUCGCGGUCAGCUCCGAGUCUGGUACACUGUCGGAGCAGCUGGCGGCGAUGAGGGAGAAGAGCAUGGUCAUCCUCAAGGACUACAUCACCAGGCACAACGCCCCGAACGACGUCCCCGAUGAGUCCGUCGAGGGCUUGUCCGACGACGAGGGUGAGGCCCUCGCGAAAAACCCGCCCAAGAAAUCUAAGAAGCAGAAAUGAUGGUACUAAUUGUUUUAUUUGUCGCAUUUUUGUCAUAGUCCCCUUGGGAGAACACCCUGUCUUGUCCAUUGCUGGAUUUUCCUUCUGACGCACAUUGUUAGGCACUGUCUGCUUUGUGUAAAGAACUGCUAUCUGAUGAUAUGCGUAGGGGAAGUUAGCCCCUUGCUGUAUGACUCAAAUUUUAGAUGUUUUGCU